UAAAAACACAUUCUACAAUUUACCUUAUCACUUCACACUUCAACCACCAACUCAAUCAACGCAAACCAUAUCUUGUCUCCCCUAUCAUCUUCUUCAUCUUACAUUCUAUCUUCAGCUUUAAGACUUCAUCUCCUUAAACAAUCACAUCAUAAUGUCUGCUACCUCUGCUUCUCCUCUUCCCGAAGUCCUCGCCUCACCUCCAAUGGUCGAGUCAGAGGUCCAAGUCGCUGCCGAGUCAUCCGGUGCAUCUGCCUCAAAACCAGUCUCUAAAUCUCAAACUGCUUCAAAAGCUAAACCUGCUUCUAAGCCAAAGGCUGCAUCAUCCAAGAAGCCUGCCUCAACAACCAAGAAACCUGCUACAGCUGUCAAGAAAGCUCCUGCUACCAAGAAGACUUCAUCUGUCUCAAAAACUGCUUCCGAUAAAUUGUCUUUCGAAGAUAUGAUCAAAGAUGCAAUUGCAAACGAUAAGGAGAAUGUUCGUGCCGGUGUUAGCCGACCUGCUAUCAAAAAAUACCUUGCCAUUCGAUUUCAAAUCAUUGAUACUCCUUCUAACGUCACAAGACUCAACAAGGCUAUCACUCGUGGUGCUGAGAAAGGCAUCUUCUCUUUACCAAAGGGUGCCAGCGGUAAAGUUAAACUCGCCAAGGCUGUCAAAGCUGAUAAGCCUGUGAGCGCUGUCAAGAAGCCUGCUUCUAAGCCUGCCAGUGUUAAGAAGACACUCCCAGCUGGAUCUGCCAAGCCUAAAUCUGCUGCCACCAAGAAAGCCGGUGCCAAGGUCUCAGCAGCUGCAAAGAAGGUCUCUACCAAGAAAGUCGCUACUGGACCCAAGAAGGCUGGUGUUGUUAAGAAGGCUCCUGCUAAGAAGACAACUUCAUCAACAACCAAGAAAGUCAAAGCAGUUGGCAAGAAAUAAUCGAUCUGAUCUUUCUUCUUCUCUCUUGCCUCUUUCUCACCACUUCGAUUCUCCUUGUCCGUUUCUAUUUCUUUCUAUCUCCUAUACUCAUGUUGUGACUCGUCCUUAUUCUCCUUUGUCUUCUUAAAUUCGAUGUUUUUUCUUUUAUUUUUUGAGAUAUAUAUAUACAAUAUAUAAAUAAAAGAGAAAGAGUGUUGUGAAUACCAAUUUCAUUUUGUGUUUUUCACUGAAAAAAAGUGAUCAAACUUCAAAUCAAAAGAAAUCCAAUUCUCCAUCGGAUCUUUUUGUUGUUUUUUUCAUUUAUUUACUUCUUUUUCUUUUUCUCUUCACCUUGGAUUUUUUCUUAAUACUCUUUUCUCUUUUUCUUCUCUCUCUCUUUCUCUCUGUGUGUGUGUUCACAUGUAUUCUUGGCACAUUGUUGUGAAUGAUGGUUUCUCACUUGAAGAGUUUCUGUGUAAACAAAGUGACUCUACAGUAAAUCAUGUGCGAAGGUUUGCAAUCAAAAGAAAUGGGGAAAUUAGAUAACUUAUGCAUGUUCACUUCCCGAGCCAGGGGUUCGUA